UGUUGAAACAGAUGCAGGAAAGUAGUUCAAAGCGUAUUUCACGGUAAAAAGUUCGACAUCACCAAUUUGUUCAGCUGCGCGUGAAAAAUUAGUUCUUGGCUUCAAGAUUUAUUUAACGAUAGCAACCAGACCAAACGGAGUAAAUCAAGCGCGUUCAGUUUGUUCCCAUCAUGACCUCAGCUAGUCCUUCUCUUUCCGCUACGAGUACAAUGUGGCCAAACUCUGUGAUUACACUCCUGUCGACUUCUAUGGACGAAGAGACACCCACUCCGACAACCGCGGCAUCCAAGGGGGAAAUCCCAGAGCCUUUUCCCUCGCUAGUCGUUCGACUCGUCCUCUCUGUUCUUAUUGUGAUUCUAAACAUAGCUGGAAACAUUCUCGUGUGCUUGGCAGUGAGGAGAAAUCGCAAGUUACGAAGUUUAAGGAAUUACUAUUACGGACUCUUCCUGAUGAGUUUGGCAAUUGCUGAUAUGGCCGUGGGUUUGUUCUGUACGCCGUUUAUAUUACUGUACUACGAGACGGGGAAAUAUCCGUUUGGAUUCUUUGGGUCCACCGCAGUUUGUAAACUCAUUCCGGCGCUGAGUUUGGUAUGCCAGGGGGCUUCGAUCUACAGCCUUACUUCCCUGACACUCCAACGAUUCAUGGGCAUUGUUUAUCCAAUGAAGGCUAGAUUGACCCUGAAGAAGGUCAAGCUACUUCUUUUGCUGGUUUGGCUUUUUGCUUUCGUGUCUGCUUUACCGCAAAUUAUUGUCAAUGAUGUUCAGAAGAAAGAAGUGCUUGGAGAAGACAACAAAUUCAGCUGCGAAGAAUUCUGGGGCGACCAGCCGGCUGGCACAAUUCUAAGGGAAGGUUACACUUUGUAUCUAUUCGUGGCAGAAUAUUUCCUCCCUUUAGUCAUAAUUGGGAUAGCCUAUGGUAAAAUGGCUAUUGUUCUAAAUCGCAGAGAUGAAGGCCUCCAGGGCAGAAAGUCGACCAGUGACAGAACCAAGGCAAACCACAAGAAGUUUAUUCGCUUACUGAUUGUUCUGAUCGUGAGCUUUGCGCUGUGUUACCUCCCAAAUCACGUGCUGUUUUUCUGGUACGAUUUUGGAACAGGAGCAAACUAUCCGUACUUCACCAUAAUGAUGAAGUAUUCUCAUUUCUGCAUCUGGCUCAACAGCUGUUUAAAUCCCUACUUGUACGGUGCCCUUGACGACUAUUUCCGACAAAGCUACAAAAAAGCGCUUCGAAGGUGCGCAAGAAUCGAAGGAAAGGCACGUAAAACUCAUGCGAGAAUAACCCGGCAAUUGAGUAAAAUAUAUUCUUUUAGAACACCGUCCUCGGCUGAUCCUGAUUCUACCGACAUUGAGGAGAACUGAAAAACCAACUGACGCGUCCAAGAACUCUCGAAAAGACUAUGAAUCAGCAUUGAGUUGGCAGUGUUUCUUCUAUCGUAGGAUUUUGACAUUCAUGGGUCAAAGAUAACUUUAACUGGUAGACAUGAAGAAUACGCAGAUCAAUUUUCCUUUGAAGAACAAACAAAGCAGGGACAAUCGUUUGCAGACUGGAAACAAAUUCUGUGGAAAGCUUCAGGGGGAGAGCUAUUUCUCAGAAUUUUCAAAAGAAAACUGGUAACAAUUGUCUGAGUGUUAAAAGGAUGAGUAACUUAAUGGGCCGAUUUGUGUCCCACACGGAUCGUUAAAAGAAUUAAUUUGCAACUUCCAAUUAUCACUCAAGGGCUAUAUUUGCAGUAAUUUUGCAUCAAUAAUUAGGCGUUAAAUACUCUUUCCUAUUAGUUUUGUUAACAUCUACACGAGGAGGAGAAGUGUCGCUCAUAAUUCGUCGUGGGUUGUCUCUUUGAAGAGAUGCAUCGUAACGUCAUUGUUAGCAAUGUGGGAGUAUUUUGAUUUGCCUUGUCAAGUUGUUUGCAAGGUUUGCCUACCAUCUUGUCAUUGGUGUCUUGGUUAGUUCAAACCUUCCCAGAACAGUGUACUUUACGUGUUUUAUGUUUGUUCUAGGCAGUUUGUGAUUCUUUGGACAUCCGGUGUCAACUAGCUCUCGCCUAGUUAUGUACGUAUUCCAUUAACACUAAGAAGAUUGUAAAGAAAAAGCCACCACAGGAAAUUCUGAUCAUGAACACGUAGUCCAAAAAAAAUGGCACAUCUGAAAAAAAAUGUGUAUCUGAGGUAUUCAAAUCGCCUAAGAAAAGGAAAACUCAAGAACACUGAACUUGACAGACAACAAAAUGUCGACUCUAAAACAGGACUGAAUUGUAGUUACGAUUUUCAAAAUCGGCGACCUUUGUUUCGUCAAUCAUGGAUAGAUGCAAUUCGUACUCGGCGCUCAAGUUAAAAGCAAAGCUAUGAAUGACGAUAAGAUUCUUUAACUAUAGGCAAUAUUAAUGCUAGGUCACGUCAUAUAAGUCAUUUGCGGAAGCUUCCUUUGAUUCUUUUCAGCAAAAAAAAUUCAUGUGAGGAGCACGAAGAAUUGUUUGGUCAAUGCCGGCAUGUAUUAGCAUUAGCGAGUUGUCCAUCACACAAGAGAGGCACUUACGCCCUCCGCCAUAACUUGAGAUCUUUGCUCAUUCUAGAGGGAUUUAAAGAUAAAGAUAAAAUCAAUUUACACAACUACAAUAGCCGUUUAUUUCUAACUUGCCUUCUUGAAGAGGGGCACGUUUUCCCCCUAUUUUCUAUUGACAACUAAGUGGUGAUUUGCAACAUAGGGUCACUUGGAAUGGAAUUUGAAAUGUCUGUAAAAUUAGAACACAGGUGUACCUAUGACCGCCCUUAUGCGUAGAUUUUUUUUUUAAUAUAUGCAUAUUUCCAUCGCAUUUUAAACAUUACUUUGAAAUGACUAUUACCCUUAAAAUGAAAAAAAACUGUGACGUAUUAUUAUAAGAUAAUAACUGUCCCCUUCUAACAAUGGAUCACCGAAGAGUGUAAUUACAAAAUUGCUUCGUCUUUCAGUAACACCGCACUGCUGGAUGAUUUUCAUUAGCUCCACUCGAGUUUAAAAAAUUCCUCGCAAAGUUCGACCUCAGUGCUUAGUAGUCACGGCUUCUCUAUUUCCAGUAUUUGCAGUUUGGUAUAAAACGCUUUUCAUGAUGAGCUGCGAGCGAUUUCAACUGUAACUUUGUGAAUGUUGGCAAUGAAUUUUACUUGACCCUUGAACAACUUUCGAAUUCAAGGUGAACAUUUUCUCCACGUUGUUAAUUGGUCGUCCCUUUCGUAAUUAAGGGUAGGUUCUUUUGUCUUUUUGGCAUAAGGAAAUAUGUACAAAGAAGAUGGGAAAUAAAUUUAAACUACUUGAAAUGUGCGUGAUACUUUUAUGGAUAGCGUGAUACUUCUUCAAUAAAACGCGCAACCGUAAACAGGCGGUGGGCAAUCAAAACCCUACGAAGGACACAACUGUGCAAAGGCAGUAACAACAUCGCAAUACUUCAUUUUGAAAGUCAGAGUAUUUAUGGUUGACUACCAUCCACCCAAAGGCCAAAGAAACACACACCGUUUUCAGUGUUUUGUUGGCAUUUUGGUACACUAAUUACUGUGAAUUUUUAAAAUUGUUCUUUUUGUUAUUAUCAUCUGACACUAUAGCCAGCUUUCC